GAGGAGGGGGUGCGGAGGGAGGUGUUUCUGUCAGUUCCGGCUGUUUGUUCGGGAAGUGGAUCCGCCGCUGCCGGAGCAGCCCGGAGGGAGCUGCGGAUCGCGAGGCCAGCACCGACCCCGCCCGCCCGCCCGGCCGCCCGCGCGUUCCGCCCCCGCCCGCCAUGGCCCGGGACUACGACCACCUCUUCAAGCUGCUCAUCAUCGGCGACAGCGGUGUGGGCAAGAGCAGCUUACUGUUACGAUUCGCAGACAACACUUUCUCAGGCAGCUACAUCACCACAAUUGGAGUGGACUUCAAGAUUCGGACUGUGGAGAUCAACGGCGAGAAAGUGAAGCUGCAGAUCUGGGACACGGCAGGGCAAGAGCGCUUCCGCACCAUCACCUCCACGUAUUAUCGGGGGACCCACGGGGUCAUUGUGGUUUAUGACGUCACCAGUGCUGAGUCCUUCGUCAACGUCAAGCGGUGGCUUCAUGAAAUCAACCAGAACUGUGAUGACGUGUGCCGAAUAUUAGUUGGCAAUAAGAAUGACGACCCGGAGCGGAAGGUGGUAGAGACGGAAGAUGCUUACAAGUUUGCCGGGCAGAUGGGGAUCCAGCUGUUUGAGACCAGCGCCAAGGAGAACGUGAACGUGGAAGAGAUGUUCAACUGCAUCACAGAGCUGGUUCUCCGAGCCAAGAAAGACAACCUGGCCAAACAGCAGCAGCAGCAACAGAACGACGUGGUGAAGCUCACGAAGAACAGUAAACGAAAGAAACGCUGCUGCUAAUGCCCCGGCCGCUGCAGAGACUGCGCUGCCGUCCCUCCCCCAGCCCGAGGCCCAGAAGGCUCCUCGGGGGACAGUCUCAGUUUCCUGCCGUUAUUUAAAGAAUUCUCCAUGUUUUUUGUAUCGGGAGGCGCCAUCCGCACUUCCUCUCCCUCCCCCCUCGAGUGCCAAGAAGGUGUUGCAGGAGCCUGCCCUUCCCACUGGUGCCCUCCUGCCUGCCGAGGCGCCUGGACUUGGCGAGGACGCUGCCAGCUGAGCGGACUGAUUAACCAGUUUGUACAUAGUGUAUAUUGCUUUAACCAGCCGCACACCCUCGUUCUGCUCUGGCUUUGCCUCCUUAAUGCCAACCUGCUGAACAGACCCCGCACCUUCCCAGCCCAUCUGGCCGCCAGCAGCUUCCUGAGGAGACAGCCUCACCUUGUCGCUGUGUCUGGCUGACCUGGACCCUUGGCAUGGGCUCCACGUUGCUCAUUCUCUCCUACGGGCUGUCCCUGGCACGCAGGGUCCGACCCCUCUCCAGGGCCUGUGCCGGCCCACCUUCCUGCCCCCCCAGCUGCUCUGGGAGCUGGGGCCCCGGGGGCCUUGAGGCGUGCCCCGACCUCUGCCGGCCCCAGGGCUGUUGGUCCUGAGAGGAAGUCAGUACUCAGCUUUGGCCUACUCGUU